GCCCUGUCCACAGGUGCACCAGCCGUGAUGCAGCAGCCACGAGUGGAGACAGAUAGCAUCGGGGCCGGCGAGGGGCCCCAGCGGGCAGUGCCCUGGUCAGCCUGGGUCACCAGGCAGGACUUGGUGCACUGGUGGACAUACCACAUUCCCCGGAGCUGGACCCAGUGGUGGAUCACGUCAGGCUGGCGGCAGCCACUACAGCGUAUGCUGUGGGGUCUGGAGGGGAUACUCUACCUGCUACUGGCACUAAUGCUGUGUCACGCACUCUUCACCACCGGCUCUCACCUGCUGAGCUCCUUGUGGCCUGUGGUGACUGUGGUGUGGAGCCACCUGCUGCCAGCUAUCCUGCUGUUAGUGGUCAGUGCCCUGCCUGCUCUGCUCUUCAUCGCCUCCUUCCUGCUGCUCUUCUCCAUGGUACUGAGCCUCGUGGGCCUCCUCACCUCCAUGGCUCAUCCAGGCCAUCCUCAGAAUGUGGACCAAUAG